AUGGCUGCUCACAAGACAGGUGGGCAAAAUGCUCGGAAAAAAGUUCAGGUAUCAAUGGUUAUUCGUGAUGAGGUAGAAAAAAAACACAGAGCGGGUGUUAAUUCUCUUCAAUAUGACCCAGCAUUACACAGGCUUUAUUCUGCCGGUAGAGAUAGUAUUAUUAGGAUAUGGAACUGUAAAAAUAUGAACGAACCUUUCAUUCAGUCGAUGGAACAUCAUACGGACUGGGUUAAUGAUAUUGUACUAUGCUGUGGAGGAAAAAAUUUAAUUUCGGCAAGCUCAGACACUACAGUAAAAGUUUGGAAUGCUCACAAAGGUUUUUGCAUGUCAACAUUGAGAACUCAUAAAGAUUAUGUAAAGGCACUUGCGUAUGCCAAAGACAGAGAACAAGUAGCGAGUGCUGGAUUAGAUAGACAAAUUUUCUUAUGGGAUGUUAAUACACUGACAGCUUUAACAGCGAGUAAUAAUACAGUAACAACAUCAUCUUUAGCUGGCAAUAAGGACUCAAUUUACAGUUUAGCGAUGAAUCCUCCAGGUACAGUAAUAGUCAGUGGCAGUACUGAAAAAGUAUUGCGAGUAUGGGAUCCAAGAACUUGUAAUAAAUUAAUGAAAUUACGUGGUCACGCGGAUAAUAUUAAAGCAUUAGUAUUAAAUCGUGAUGGCACUCAGUGUUUAUCAGCAAGUUCUGACGGUACGAUAAAAUUAUGGUCCCUUGCUCAACAAUUGUGUAUACAAACAUUCAGAGUACACACUGAGGGUGUUUGGGCGCUUUUAGCAACAGACACAUUUAGUCAUGUAAUAUCGGGUGGACGUGAUAAGAGGGUUAUUAUGACAGAAUUGAGGAAUCCAGAAAGAUAUACUGUGAUUUGUAAUGAGAGUGCGCCGAUAUUAAAAAUGGCAAUGACACCAGAUCAAUCGAGUAUUUGGGUAGCUACUAGUGAAUCGACAAUUAAUAAUUGGUGUAUCAAUCAAAGAGAUUGGCAAUGUGGUGAUUAUAGUGUUGAAACAGCGGGUAGUGGUAAUAGUGGAAUGGUACCUAAACAUACAGAGCCUGCUCAAAAAAUACUCGGUGGUCCAGCAAUCAGGCAUCACGUUAUUUUAAAUGAUAGACGUUACGUUCUUACUAAAGAUACUGAAGAAAAUAUCGCGCUUUAUGAUGUACUUAAAGCCUGUAAAGUAGAAGAUCUUGGACGUGUUGAUUUCGAUCAAGAAGUUAAAAAAAGAAAUAAAAUGGUUUAUAUUCCAAGUUGGUUUAAUGUAGAUCUUAAAACUGGUAUGCUGACUAUUCAUCUAGGACAAGAUGAAAACGACUGUUUCUCGGCAUGGGUCUCCGCAAGAGAUACUGGGAUUACUGAUAAUGAUAAUGUUGAUCAAAAAGUUAACUACGGUAAUUUAUUGUUGCAAGCGUUACUUGAGCAUUGGUGGAAACCAAUGCAUGCUGACGAUGAAAAUGAAGGUAACAGUAAUGAUGGAAGUGGUCAAGCACAUGUCAGGGAUGGAAAUCUUUAUUUCCCAGUACCUGGUCACACACCAGUUAUAUUCAGUGAAGUUGGUGGAAAAACGCUGUACAGACUUUUAGUACGAGACGCAGCUGGUGAAACUGAACGAGCUCUUUUAAACGAAACAGUACCUUCGUGGGUUGUGGAUAUUGUUGUUGAUAAAAAUCUACCUAAAUUUAUAAAAAUUCCAUUCCAUUUAUCACCACACCCAUCAUCAGGUUUUAAAAAUUUUAAAAAAGAUCGAUUGAUUGCUAAUGAUUUUAUUCAAGUUCGCAAAGUUAUCGAGCAUGUAUAUGAUAAAGUUUUGGGUGCUGGAAGUGACUCGGGAUCAGUAGCUGGUGGUGGAAAUACAGUAUCAAGUGGGUCACCAGCAGGUGAUCGUGCUAAUACGGAUUCAAAUGCUGAUAAUUCAUCUCUAGCUGAGGAAAAAGUUGAACUUCUUUGUAAUGAUCAAGUAUUAGACCCUUCAAUGGAUUUAAGAACAGUAAAACACUUUAUUUGGAAGAACUCAGCGGAUUUGACACUUUAUUAUCGACCUGUUAAAUAG